AUGCCUUUGACUCUAUCAGCUGCCGCUUUGGUCGUUUUCCUCUCCCCAGCCCUUGCAUAUCCCUCGACUAUCAAGCCGCGCAUCAUCAAGAACUCAAGCGGCCUACUCUCUUCUUACGACUAUGUUGUCAUCGGUGGUGGUGCUUCGGGUCUGACCGUCGCAAACCGUCUAUCCGAGAGUUCAGACACCUCGGUCCUCGUGAUCGAAGCUGGAGAUUUCGACCAAGCAGAGGAUUUCAUCGAGAUUCCUGGCCUUGCAGGCGGAGCAGUAGGAACCAAGUAUGACUGGAACAUUUCCUACGUCUCGACUGCCGACGUAAACGACCGCGUGCUUUCCAUUCCCCAAGGAAAGGCUGUUGGCGGAUCGACACUGCUCAACCGUAUGCUUCUGCACCGUGGCUCUGCCCACGACUACGAUAUAUGGGAGGCCCUGGGAAACGAAGGAUGGAGCUGGACUGGUUUACUUCCGUUUUUCAAGAAGAGCGAGAUCUUCUGUCCGCCAAACGCGGACGUCGCCGAGCAGUACAAGAUUACCUAUGAUGAAUCAGCCCAUGGCACCGAUGGCCGUGUCCACGCAUCAUACUCUCCCUGGUUCUGGCCAUCCACCGACUACUACGCAGCGGGCGCAAAGGAACUUGACAUCAACAUCCCCGUGGAUGGCAUGAACGGCGAGGCUCUCGGCGCAUAUUGGACGACGCAUGCUCAGGACCCCACCACUGCCGCAAGAAGCUCUGCUCGCAAAGGCUACUGGGAUACCGCCGCUGAACGCAACAACUUCCAUCUUCUCCCCAACACUCAUGUCACCAAGCUGGUGUUGGACGGCACGACCGUCACUGGCGUCGAAUUUGCUGCUUCGGCCGCUGCAGCUCGCCAGACGGUUGCAGUCAGCAAGGAAGCCAUACUUGCUGCGGGCGCUCUCCACACACCCCAACUCCUGCAGCUGUCGGGAAUCGGCCCUGCUUCUCUGCUCGGCCAAUUCGGCAUCACGCCAGUCGUGGACCUCCCCGUCGGAUACAAUCUCCACGAUCACGUCAUGGUUCCCGUCGUGCACAAUAUCGAUCUGGCUCUGCAGUCGGCCAAUCUGCAGUCCAACACAACGUUCGCCACCGAGGCGCGUGCUCAGUACGACAGCGAGAAAACGGGCCCAUACUCGACCGCUACGGGUGACAUUUUGUUUUUCCUGCCCACCGAGAACUACACGACGGCCGGCUCGUCCCUGCACGAGCAGGCUCUUGCUCAAAGUCCGAGCGACUACCUCGACGCAGACACGCCAACGUCGUUUGUCACUGGAUACGCUUCCCAGCAUGAGCAGCUUGCCGAGACGCUUGUGGCCUCUGACGCGGCCACCAUCGAGGCGAUCCCGUCUGAUGGAACUGUCCUCGUUGCACUCAUGCACCCUUUCUCUCGCGGAACGGUCAAGAUCCAAUCGACUGACCCCUUUGACGCUCCGCUGGCAGACUCGGCGUUUCUGAAGAACCCGCUGGACGUGGCGGUGUUGGUCGAGGCUGUCAAGUUCGCGCGUGUGCUUUUCAACACGACUGCCUUCGGCCCUCUGGGCGCGGUCGAGCUUGUGCCCGGGUCCAAUGUCACGACCGAUGCAGCCAUCGAGACGGCGGUCCGCAACAGCGCAACCACCGUCUUCCACCCCGUCGGCUCCUGCCACAUGGGUAAGCAGGAGGAGGGGGCAUGCGUCGACGGCCAGCUCAAGGUGUACGGUGUCGAGAAGCUGCGUGUUGUCGAUGGCAGCGUCAUGCCUCUUGUUCCGGCAGCUCACACCAUGGGCACCGUGUACGGCGUGGCCGAGAAGGCAGCCGACCUUAUUCUCGGUGCUUCUGUCGAGUUUAUGUAG